CAUUCUGGUGUGACACUGUCUACGGUUUCUGGAAACAGAAUUCUUUUUCUGAACAGAAUUAUUAACUGUCUCCGCGUGCUCUGUUGAGCAUGUUUGAUCCAGAUGUGUCGAGCUUAAUGAUUUGGUUGAACAAGCAGGUUUCCGCCGAAAUCCUGCGACACUGGAGGAAAGCAUGACCGAGCAAAGGUUGCUGUUUAUAGACAUUGAAGCGGAAUCAAAAAGCCCCUCAGCUUUUGAAGGUGGUGCCAAGAAACCCCUUUGGACUCACAGUGACAAUUCUUUUAGAUUUGACUUCUCUUCUGACAGCUUCUCAGUGCCUCGGGAGAAAGCAUCUCCAUCUGACUGGACUGAGGCAGCAACAAGCCAGAUAUCAUUCACUGGGCAGAGCUCUGCUUUUGCGUUCAACUUUCAGAUCCCUACUACCACACCUGCAGAGGACAUGGAUACAACAGAAACACCGGACACUUGUUCAUCACGUAGUCAACAGUGUGUCCAGGAGGAAGAAGCUUCCCUUGCGCUAGAGGUUAUUGCUCCACCUGAACCGUCAGAGCAAUCCAAGACUAAGAAGAAGAAGAAAUCUGGAAAGAAGAAACCUGAGUCUGAGACGCAGCAAAAGCCAGCUGAGGGUAGUCAGGGAGAAAAACAGCUGACUGUAGAAGAGCAGCUGAACAGGCAGCUGGACUGGUGUAUUGAGCAGCUGGAACUAGGACUGAAGACCCAGAAGGGAACACCAAAACAGAAGGAGGAGGCCUCACGUUCUCUGAAGACUCUGCGCAGUUCCAAAGCUCCUCUGGCCAAGAAGAGGCAGGUGAUGAGAGCCAUGACUGGAGACUACAGGAAAAAAAUGGAAGAUGAGAAGAGCAAGCAGUUCAAACUCAUUCAGAGUGAGAUUGCAUCAGCUCAGGUCAAAGUUGUUUCUGAUUCCCCAAAGAAGUCAAUUUUCCACCGGAGAGCUGAAGUCAAAACCCAGCCACCAGCCACAGAAGGAAACCUGCAGGAAACCAAAGCUCAGGAUAACACAAAGCCAAAACUACAGACUCAUGAACAGACAUCAGAUUUUGUCUUUGUUCCAUCAAAGGAGGAGUUUUGCUUCAAUUUCUUUUGAUCUGACUUGAAAGAAAACUUGUCAAAAAGCUCUAAGCUGGGAAUAAAUAUCACUUCCUCUGCA